GUUGUCUGUUAAUUUUGGUACGGGGUGAAUUGGUAUCUAUCACACUCUUUUAUAUUUUUUUCGUGUUUUAAUAAUAAUAAAUAUCGUGUAAAUAACUUUAAAAUAAUAUUAAAAAGCCAUGUCAUCGAUUACAGUGCAUUUUUUGGUAAAGUUUUUUGUAUUUCCGUAUAAGUUACAAAGAUGAUUUUUUAUUCAGAAAAGUGUAUGUACAUGCAGGAAGAUAAUCGAUUUGUCAACGCGAGUUUAGAUUACAUUUUCGGUGCACUAAUUGACCUAAGGUGCGUUCAACCAUCACAUAUUAAAUAUACCAUGUUUGGUGUCGUUGGAUGCGGCUUUUUCUGAUAAAUUUUUUGGUUAAUCUUGUUUCCAUGACUGACUCUUCUAAGUGAAACAAAAUAUAAACAAAACCUGGAUACACCCGCACACUGCGAUUAUUAAUAAUUAAGAAGCACCCAGUGAUUUGGAACGUACCUAUAAAUAAUUCGUGAAGGUUUUCUUUCGCGAUUGGGGUUAUGAUACAUGUUGAUUAUCAACAUCUUUUGAUAAUAAUUAAUAUUAGUAGUAGGGGGCAAGGAUCUGUGCGCUAGAAAAUCAUACAAUUAACUUUUUUCGAUUGAUUGACUUUUAACCAGUUUCGCGAUAUCGUUCUACAUUUUCAUAUUCAGAUGUGUAAUAUUUAUAUACCUUUGUUUAUUUUGAAUGCGAUAUACAAAAGGUGACAGUUCCUUUUGGGGGUUUUGCUGAAAAAAUGGAUGUCGAUGAAGCUGUUGUGGAUUUGAGUAUUAGCAACAGAACUUCAUCAACACCACCCAGUUACCACCAAUUACAUAUAACUACCAACAACUUUAACUCCCACUCUAUACAACAGCCCUUGUCUAUUACGAACGUUAGGAGAGUUCUAAGGCCACGCACAGAACCUCGUUCUUACGUUGAAAGUCCAGACGCUCUUAUCAACGGCUUGCUGGAGAAACCAAGAACCAACGGAAAUUUAGAGUACAGUAGCGAUUCCAGUGAAGGAGAAAUGCCUCCCUUAGCCCCCGUGAAAGAGUACAGUCCUGGAGAGCUUAAGCAACGGGAAAGGGGUCUCAGAAGGCUCCGAGAGGAGCUUCGGGCGGAAGAAAUGAAACUGGUCCUUCUCAAAAAGCUCAAGCAAUCCCAACAACUGAAAGAAAAUGUCGCCGUUUUGCCCCCCAACAUACCUGCUUCGGCGUUACCGCCCUCAGGUCUCCCUAGCGGUCUUAGUAUCACCCCUACGACUGUAAAAGUUCCUCCAAAGGGACAGCAGUCUCCGCAGAUGGCACAUUCACGUCAUUCUACUUCAAGUUUGCUACAUAAGACUGGUAGCAUGUCUGGGAAUGGAAGUGUUAAUUCUCAAAAUAUGUUAAGAGUGCAACCUCCUCCCCCUCGUGGAAGCAUGCAUGUGCCUCCGCUCAGUGCGUCCCCAAUCAACAACAGAACCAGCCUUUCAGUCCCACAACCGCCACAGAGGUCUUCUAUGGGCAGACCAACAAGCGGUUUUCCUCCUGGAGUCAAGGAUUUAUCACCAUCAGUUACAAUCACGCCAGCACCGCCACAACCAAUUAAGGAGAGAAGUAGUAGAGAAGAUAAUCAAACACCAGCUCAAAGACAAGCUGCUGCCAAAUUAGCUCUAAGAAAGCAACUAGAGAAAACGCUGUUACAGAUACCUCCACCGAAACCGCCUCCUCCGGAAAUGCAUUUUAUACCAAAUCCAAGUAAUACGGAAUUCAUCUAUCUGGUUGGUUUAGAGCAUGUAGUCGACUUUCUUACUAAAGAAACUAAAAUACCAUUACCUCCGCAACCGUUCACAUGUAGUCAAUGUCAGUCUGAUUUUACUCCCGUUUGGAAAUGGGAAACCCAUAAAAAGAAUAAAGCAAUGAAAACGGUGAUAUGCGAGCAAUGUGUGACCAAUAACGUGAAGAAGGCUUUAAAAGCUGAACACACAAACAGGUUGAAGACUGCAUUCGUUAAGGCGCUACAACAAGAACAAGAAAUCGAACAGCGACUAGCACAAAACGGAGUAUUUACUUCAAGCAGUCCGGCUCCUUCGCCGGUCACCCCGGAAGCACUUCCAAAAGCUGCCACGCCUACACCGGCUCCGAGGCAUGCGCCUACACCGCCGGCACAAGCUCCUCCUCCCCCUCCUCAACCGACCCCUCCGCCUCCACGGUCUUCACAUCCGUCGAGUCAUUCUUCUUCCUCGUCCGUAGCCCAGGAUAAGUACACACAACAGCAGAGCGCAGCUGCCAUGCAGGCUUUGCAUCAGCAGAUUUUAAGAAGCUUAUCUGCGGGCGGUCCACCGGGCGCAGCUCACAUGUUGCAGUUCUCGCCGCUCUUCUACCCGUAUCAGUUAGCGAUGGCACAGGCCGCCGCGACCGGAAAGAAUUCCGCAGCCGGCAAUUUGGCGGACAUCCAAAGGGCCGCCGAUAUGCAACGUCAGUACCUCCUCGACAUGAUACCGCCUCCGACGCAUCAGCAGCAGCAACGCCACAAUUGGAAGACAUGAUCUGAAAGGAAGCUCGAGUAAAGCUUAGAUCUAUCCGUUAAUUCGAUCACAGGACUUGUAAUUAUAGUUGUCUCACAACACAGUAAUAUGGAAUAUAUAUAAAUAUAUAUAUUUUUAUCCUGUUUAAAAUGCCCUCUUCAAUUGAGUAAUUUUUAAUAAUUUGUACCUUGUAUUCAUUGCAAAGCAAUAGUUUUGAUUAUUUAAUAAUUAAUUGUAUGAUGUAGCCUUCAAAAAAAUGGGUCAAAUGAUUUUGAUAAAACUGCAGUCUUUUAACUGUUAUACGAAGUUUUGGGAGUGCUUCAAUUACGAAUCCAAAAAACGAUCAAAAAUUCACGAAAUACCAUAUAAUUAUACUAUGAUGGUCAAGUUAAUUAUCAUAUUUUAGAUCCAGCGUAAUUGUGGGAAGCAAGUCUCACUUUGUGUAUAUGCUUUAAGCAAUUAAACUUAUUUAAAUUUAAUGUCGUCAGUUUCAUUUUGUAAUUGUUGCAACCGUAUAACAUCCCGUUUUGUCAACUUCUAACCAAAAUAGCUAAUUUAUUUAAUUUCCCAAAGAUUUAGUACUUCGUUAUAAACGCAAUCAUUGAUUCGACUGACUUAAUUAUUAAUCCAACUAAUCAUGAAUUAUGUGACAAUAAGGGGUGAUAUGAUUGUUUUAAAGCCUUAUUUAUGACGUUGUUGAUAAUUAUGUAAAGUUUUGUCACUGGUAAUUUUAAAAUGGAAAUUAGAAUAUGGGUACAAUAUUUUGAGAUGUAGAAAUGAAGAACUAAAAAAAAAAUAAUGAAAAAAGAUUGUUGCAGUACGAUAAGAUUAAGAUGGCAGAAUUGGAUGCGCAUUGGCAAAUCUAAAAAUGGGAGAAGUUAUCUCAGUUAAUGGCUGAACUUCGAUACCGUGAACAGUGAUAUAUUUUUGUUAACUGAGAUAAUUUCUCCCAUUUUUAGAUUUGCCAGUGUGCAUCUAAUUCUGACUUGGUUAUCUCAAUCUUGUACUGUACAUUGUGGUUCCUAAUAAUUUUGUUUAUUUGUUGCAAGUACUAUAUACAUUCUUUAUGAUGUUGAAAAAAGUACUCAUUUUCAUUGAUUUACUUUGUAAAUUCGAAUGUUUAGUUUGCAUCUAUUAUUUGUUUUUUUUUUUCAAUUUACAGUUAAUGACGCUACUUAUUGUGUCUGGUGGAAAUGGAUUUUUUUUUUAUUUCAAAUGAAGGGGACAUAAAAUUCAAUACAAUUCUUUGUGUAUUGUUUACUGCAUCAAAGUAUAUAACCUAACUUAACACUGCACAUUUUACUUUCAAAAUUAUAUAUUAAAAACAAAAAAGGGCAUAUUUUGAAUGUGUGAAACAACAAAUAAUAAUGUUUUGUCAAAGCGUAACUUAUUACUUAAAACGGUUAUUAUAAUAAUUUCUAUUAUGAACAUGCAGUACCCACGUGAUGGCUGUCUACAAUUUCUUAAAGUUGUAUUAACAGUGAAAAUAUCUUCUAUUAUGCCUGUUUUGAGUCUUAUUUGACAAUAUAUUAUGACGUUAAAUCUUAUGCAUAGUCUUUCUAUGACGGGACUGAUAAUUAUUAAGUAUAGUAUCGUUAUAUCUAAUUUCAUGUAUUUUAUUUGUGUUAAUUGAUUAUAAAUGAUUUAAAGAUUAUAGAAAUUUGUUUUUCACCAAUAUAAUUAAUCUCAUGAAGCUUUUUUACCAUUUUUCUCUUUUUUUCCAUUUCUCUCUUACUUGCCAUAUUUUUUGCUUCUUCCUUCAAGGUAUUUUAAUUCUUCCUCUUUUUCUCUAUACUUUCUUUGCUUUAAUUAACUUUUUUCUAUUUCUCAAGGAUUAUAAGUCUUAGUUUAUCAGUUUCAUUAUUUUUUUUUUUAGCAAUUUCUGUAUCAAUCUGUGUAAAAGCUGUUUCUUAUUCUCACGUGAUUAUUGGUGCUAGUAUAAUGAGCUGCUGCCUCAAAACUUACCUCAAUUUUAAAUGUUGGAUAGAGAGCCCCAAAAUAUUUUAUCCUACGACACUGUUUUAGACUAGGUGUCCCGUCCUCAAAAGCCGAUGUUUUUUUUUUGUUGUUAUACCUUGUGACGUAAAUUUUGGUCCAUUUUUAAAAUUUGACAAUUUCUAAUGGAAAAAUGCAGAUGUUAGACAAUUUAAAAGAAUCCACAUAAAAUCUGACAUUCAGAAAUUGUAUACCUUAUAUGAGGUAAGUCUUAAGGCAGCAUAAGUAGGAAAUAAUUUUUGAGAAAAGAAAUUUGACAUAAAGUAUGUUUGGUGUAUUUUCAAGAUCAUACAAAUUUGGCAUUUGUAGGCGAUAUUAAAUAAGAAAUUCAAUAUUGCAUUGAUCCCGUGGGUACUGCAUGACCUUGAAAGUAAAAUAAAUUCCAAUCAAAGGAAAUUAUUUUGCUUUGCACAAGAUUCGCAGAAUAGUGAAUAUGUUUUGUUGGUUGUAAUUUCUGGGGGAAUUGAAAAAUCUAGUCCUUAUUUUGUAAGUAUUAACGUUUUCUUAAAGAAGAAAGCUCGAAAGGUUUCCUUUCAAAUUUGCGGAUGAGAUUGAAUUUAGGAUAAUAAAAUUGUGUGGCUAAACAGUACAAAUUAACGUAAGUAUAGGUUUUAUUUUAUUAUUAUUUUUAACAUCUUUUCAGUAAAACGGCUGCGCUUUUAUUAACAAAAUUGUGGAUCUCAUUUUGGUAAUUUUAUUUUCUAUAUAAAUAGUCUCAUCCAAUUAAUUAAUAGUACACAGCCAAACGCUGGUAUUUUAUUCAAAUAUAUAUCACUAUUCUAUCUAUUCAUUUGAAACAAUAAUUAGAAGUAGAUUUUGUAAUUUAUUUUACUACAUACAAUAAACUGCAGAAUAAAUACAAGAAUCUCUUAUUUAUGAAAAGGUAUGUCACCUUUUUCAUGAAAAUAAGAUAAUGGCGAAAAUCUGUUCUAAAAAGGUGUAUCUAUUGUUUAAUAAUGAAAUAGUCAUUGAUAAAAGUGUAUUUGUUGUGAAGUCAAGGCUUAAAUCAUUCCAUCUCUAAAUCGGCUAGCUAUAUUUGGCUGUAUUGAAAACAUGCAUAGGAGUAUUAGUCUUAAGGUUGGCGUUCGCCCAUAGAAAUCUGCCGUAUAUGCGCAGUUGACUUUAAACCAAGCUUUCGUAAAAAAUAUACCUCCUGUCAUAAAUUUUAAUAUUGAAAACAGUUUAUAAAGUGUGCCUAGGGGUUGUAAAGACUUCUUAAGAAACGAAGUUGUUCUAAAGAACUCGAAAAAUGACUUUGACUUUUGGUAUCUAAACCACAUAUAAUACUUAGGAAUUUUCUUUAAAACUAAACAUAUUUACAUGUUGUCUUUCCGUACAACCAACACAGAAAAAUAAUGAAAUACAUCACACUUUAAAAUAUUGUUUAAUUUUUUUGAAAGCUUGGUUUAAAAUUACAUACAUUUUUUUAUGAAAACACAAUUGUGUGGUAUAUCACGUGGCAUAGUGAAAAGUUACAAAAGUAAAAUCAUUUUUAAGAUAAACAGUUUUCGAGAUAUGACCAGACGCCGCCCUUAAAGGGAAAUUUUUAAUUUUGAUUAAUUUUUUCAGUAAAUAUUUAAUAUCAUAGAUUUUUUAUUCUUUAACAGAUAUUUAUUGUUUUCUAAAGUACCGGGUGUCCAAAUAAGACAGGACGCCGGUUGUCGUUGGCUGUACUAUAUGGCCUAUACACUAUGAAAUUUUGGGAAAAAAAAAAUUGUCGACAUACUAAAGAAAUCGAUGGAUCUGCCAUUGAAGAGAAUCUUCUUGCAUAUUAUAAAAGUAAUAUCCUAAUAAUAAUGGAAAAACUUAUAAUGGCUAUAUCUCAUAUACUAUAGAUCAGUGGUCGCCAACCUCUCAAUAUGUUGAGCUACUUUGUUAAUUUUGGAAUAAACAGCUAGCUACCCACACGGAAGCCACGUAACGCUACGUAAAUGAAAUAAUCCACAGUUAAUUUAUCAUUAUAUGUAUUUAUUUUACUAUUUAACUGGUAAUACAUAAUACAUAGGUACUAAUAAUAAACUAAUAACUAAUAUUACUAGUACGUACUUGUUCAUAGCUACAUUACUACCUACCAAACGAAGGUGUUUGAAAAAUAAACACAAACUUUUAUCCAGCCACAACGGCAUGUCACGUAAGAUUUAAAAAUAGUUAAUAAUAACAACAAAAAAGUAACGCACUAUCAUGAACAUAAACAUUGAAAAAUAAAAAAGCACGUUCAAUGAGAAGGCUGACACUCAGACUACUCGAUAAUUUUUUUAAUGUUUGCAGUAUAAUUUGAUACAGCCAUUCGAAUACAAUUAUCCAAAUGUUCAUCUGUAAGUCGAUUGCGAUAUUUGUUCUUAAUAAACUUCAUAUUGGAAGAAGAAGAUAGAACUGAAUAUUUGUCUUUACUUACAAUAGGCCAGAUACAUUUGGUACUUGAGACUAACGAUUUUAAGGCUAAAUCAUUUUGAAACUCGUCGCCAAAGUUCUGCAUGACACAAGUUGCAAACUGUUGGAUAUCAAUUUACAUAAAGGGUGAAACAACAAACGGCGCUACUAAAGCCAUUUCGUUGAAAUCCUUAAAACGAUUUUUGAAGUUAUUCUUCAGGGUAGAAACUAUUUCUACAUGAUAUUUGCUGUCAUAGGGUUCUAAUGGAUUUUGAGAUAUUUUUUCUGAAAGAAUAGGAAAAUGCUUGGUAUCGCUGUUAAUUAGGUUUUGUUCCCAAAACUCCAGCUUUUUGAUAAAUGCUUUUAUAUCAGAAAUCAUUUCCGCUAGUUCUUUGUCUCUCCCCUGAAGCUGCAAAUUAAGUUCGUUUAAUUUCUCUGUAAUGUCCAUGAGAAAACCAAAAUCUCUAAGCCAGAUUGAAUUUUCUAGUUCCGGAGUCGGUUCAUCGCGUUGUUUGAAAAAUUGAACUAUGCCAGAUAGGACAUCAUUAACACGUUUCAGCACCCGUCCUCUACUUAACCAUCGGACUUCAGAGUGAAGGAGUAGGUCCCCCUAUUGACAGUCAACUUCAUCGGCCAAGGUUUUGAAUAAUCUUUGUAACGCUUGAGCUCUUAUCUUGUUCACAAUUUUUACCACCAGUUUCAUAACGUUGUUUAGUUUCAGGAAAUUUCCACAUAAUGCUUGCUGAUGGAUAAUGCAGUGGUAACAGAGAAAUUGCGGAAAAGUUUCAUCUUUACGACAUAACGCCACCAGACCCUUAUCACAACCUACCAUAGCUGGAGCGCCAUCGGUUGUCAAGCCUACCAUUUUCGAUAUUGGAAUUUUCUCGGAAGAAAUAAUAUUUUUUAAAUGACAAAACAACUCCUGUCCAGUAGUGUGUCCUUUCAGUGGAAUAAACUUCAAAAGAUCUUCUUUAAUCGUAAAAUCAUUAAAAACCAUCCUGACGAACACGGCCAUCUGGGCAGUGUCAACGACAUCUGUUGAUUCAUCCAGUUGAAGUGAAAAAUAAACACAGUUAUCUAAGUGAGUUCUUAACUGUAAAAAAAUAUCAUUGCUCAUUACUUCUACACAUCUCAUCACUGUAUUAGCAGAAAGUUGCAUAGAUUUUAUAGCUGAAACUAUCUCGUUUUUAUUUCUAAAGUUGGCAAAUAACGAAUCAGCAGCUUCUAAAAACGCCUGUUUCAUCAUUUCCCCGUCUUCAUAAGGUUUCUUUGUUUGUACAAUCAUCUGGGACACACGGUACGAUGCUUCAGUUGCAGCCUUAUUUUUGUCGACUGUUCUUAAAAAUAUUGAUUGUUGUUCAAUUAACUGCUUUUUUAACUGUUUCAGUUUCUCCUUUCUGGCGGCAGAAUGUAGUGGGAAUGAUUUUUCAAAAUUAGAAUGUACAGUUUUAUGAUGUCUUUCAAUAUUUCCUUUUUUAGCAACGGAGACCGAAGUAUUACAUAACAAACACACAUUUUUAUCUUUAACUUCUGUAAAAAAAGUAUUUUUCUUUCAAUUCCGAAUGAAAGUGGUAUGUCUUUACCUUCUUACAACUGCUUGCCAUAAUAUUAUUUUUUGUUGUUCUCUACUAACCCAACCGCUGGACCUUGGUUACGCGUUCAGUUUUAAACUAAUCGCAAUGUCGCCGCGCCGUGCGUAUUUAUCCCGUUCAAAGCAAUCCUGAUCGUUCUCGAACACUAACGCGCUGGUCCGGCUGGUCGGUUCUAGCCGAUUCUAGUUUGAUGGCGUCAGCGGCAGAUCGCUCACCGCAACGUUGCCGCUGUUUAUGUUUAAUAUUAUGACAAUUAGAUUUUUUUGUGGAAUUUUCGGAAGCUUCUCUGAUUUUUGCAGUUUGCAUUUUUUAAAUUAAAAUCGUUGUGAGAGCUACCAGAAUUGCCUCCGCGAGCUACCGGUAGCUCGCGAUCGACAGGUUGGCGAUCACUGCUAUAGAUGAUAUCACCAAAUGUCUAAAGCCGGUUCUAGGGGAAAUUAAAUGACAAAAUACAUAAUUUACUUCCCAUCAACCCCCCUAUUCGCUACCUACAUCAACAUAUAUAAAUAGCGACUACCUACAUUUAAAUCAUUAAAAAGCUAGUAAAAAUUAAAAACACCCUUGAAAAGAAGAUGUCAUGUUUAUCUGAAUUUAUUUAUUUAACACAAUUACCCCCAAUUAAAAUACAAAAUGAAAAAAAGUGAUAAAAAUUUCUUAAUCUAUACAUUAAAAAUAAAUUUUGUCGUGACUAUCUCCCUAGACCAAAUAUCAGUGAUUGUUUCUCUAGAGAAAUAGUCAAUAUUUGGUCUAAUGAAAUAGUCGUCUCAAAUAUAACACGACCUUGAUUAAUAUUAUGCUAUUUUUGUUGCUACAUUUCUCGAACAUUUUACAAUUUGAUUCUACAUAAUUUUGGCAUUAACAAUCAAUUGUUUCUGUAUAUGUAUUAUCAAAUUGGUAUUAAAACAUUCUCGAGAUUUAGAUUCAACAAAAAUAGCUGACUAUUAUCAAGGUCUUGGUAUAUCACCCUUAAUUAUUUUUUAACCUAUAUUUUUUGAUACCUGGAUAUGCUGUUUUGAAUAUUAGACCAGGUGUGAUACAUUAAAAAUGCCUUCUAUUUAAUUAAACAAAGGGGAAAUUUAUUUUGUAAUCCUCUAAACUUAAAUAAGUAGAUAAGUAAUGCAAUAAAUAGCAAAUAAGUAGCUUAAGCACAUUUACGUUUUCCGUAGGUAACUUGUUUUUGGCACAUACAGUAGAUAAAUGUUAAAUUGUUAAAUAAGUACCUAUGUUUUUAAAUAUUUUUUUUGCCAAGAAGUAUAAAAUAAAUUGUUUUUAUUGAGGUGCGUAUAGAUAUAAAGGGCCGGGCUCUGACCAACAUCGGGCCUACCACAUGCCGGGCCAAAUAGGAUCGAAGUAGGCCCGUUUGCUUUCCAUCGUGUUGUAGAUAUACGACACUGUACAAAUCUGGCGAAUUUGGACCCGUUGUUGGCCUGGGCUCCGGCCCGUUAUCUCUAUAAGCACCUUUAUGGUUUAAAUUUUUUAAUAUCAUCUUUCAUGAUAUGACCAUUGUAAGUUUUUAAAUUGCCAACUCCUUUGUAUACGUUUUAUUUUUGUACCUAUUCCAGUUAUUAUUAAAUAAAUAUCAACAAUAAAAACUAACGUUAAAAGAUUGCUUUAGUAAAGUCCAUCUUACGGUUUUAUUAUGAAAUUAGCCCCAAAAAGGUGAAUUUCACUUGUAUCUAACACAAUACUAUCCUAUUAUGUUGUUGAAAAUACAUAUUUACGACAUUUACGUACAUUUUUUUUUCUUUGUGAUAUUUUGAUAGUUUGAACAAAUUAAAUGUUCGUAAAGAAAAAUGAAAUCAACAUGCUAUAUAAAAGAACAAAUAUAUAUUUUCAAUAAUAUUACUGAUAAGAACUCGGUAAACUUGGAUGCAAUGUUCAAUCAGAAUAUUGCAUUUCUGCUAAGGACACUUAGUGAGCCUGUGUUGGGUUCAGAAAUUUCGUAAACAAUCUUAUCUGUCUUGGUUAUACUCUUACAUCUUUUGAGUAUACGUGACUUAUAUCUUUUCAUGAUUAAACAAUAGAUACACCUUUUUAGAACAGAUUUCCGCCAUUAUUUCAUUUUCAUAAAAAAAGGUGAUUUAUACCCUUUCAUAAAUAAGCGAUUCAUAUAGAGUGUCCCAUAAAUAUACCGACAAAUUUUUAAGGAUGAUGAGAAGCAUCAAAAUAAAUAUGUUUUGCUUAAUAAACAUAUGUUUGAAAAUGCUUACCUCAUUAUGAUAUCAAAAACAAAAGACUGGGUUUGGAAAAAACAACUAUUGGGAGAAAGUACCAAAAAAAAGGAAGAUCAUGCUCAAAAAGAACAAAUAAACAAAAUAGGCGUAUAUAAUGGAGACCUAUUGUGCGACUGUCACAAGGAACCAGAAGCUGCUUAACAUACUGUGCGACUGCAAAACAGUGGAUUGCAAAGACAGGCACUUUUUGUUGGACAACCAUGGUGAAGUAGAAACGACAAAUACUAUUUUGCGAUAUAACAGAUGGACGCACUUCGAAUGACGGAAAAGUGUAAUCAAAAUGGCGACUUUCAGUCAAUUGUUUUAUAUUUGAAGGUUGACGGAAUGAAACUGUUUUUAUAUAAUUUAAAUUAAUCUAUUUAAAAAAAAAAUGGAAUUUAUUCUCAUCAAAACCAUAUAUGUAACCAGUAUAUUGCCAAUAUCGUAAUCCACUUUUGGCACAAACAUGCUUCUCGUUGCGGCACUACUGAGCAUGCGCAUUGAGUCUUUCAGACGGUGCGACGUCACUAAACAGGGCUGGCUUUAUUUUCAACGUUGAAAUUAUUUUUUGCUUAAAUAAUUCGGUGUUAUGAUUUUCACAAAAAUAUGUUACGUUCAGCAUUGGUCUCGCAGAUGAUUUUAAUCAGUAAAUAGAAAUAUAAAGAAAUUUAACAGUUAUUUAGGUCAAUAAUCUCUUUUUAAAGAGUACGUUACAAGAUAUUUCAGCCGCAGAAUUUCUAAAAAAAUUAAAUAUUAUUUUAAUAUUUCAUUUGAGAAUGCCAAUUUGCUUAUAAUGUUAAAAAAAUAUAUAAAUUAAGGAUAGUUCACAACAAUGCAGGUAUAGUUAGUCGUAGAUAAACUAUUAAUAAAAGAAACCAUAUUUUUCACUGCAUUGCGAUUUUAUGCGGUUGGGACCUAUCAACGAUGUAUUGGCCAAGAUUUUAAUUCUGGGCUUAGCCAAACAUCUGUACAUAGGUGCAUUAACUCUGUCACUCAAGCUUUAACACUUUUAGCCCAUCAACACAUACAACUUCCCACAACUCCCCAGGAAAGAUUAAAUUUGAAUUUAUGGAUACAUCAAGAUUUCCUGGGGCAAUAGGAACAGUAGAUGGAAUACAUAUUGCCAUUUUAAGCACAUUAGAUGGACAUAACUUUAUUAACUGCAAACACUUUCAGUCUCUUAAUGUACUAAUUGUUUGUGAUCCCAGUUUGAAAAUACGUAGUAUUAAUGCAAAUUAUGGUGGAUCAACUCAUGAUUCAUUUAUAUGGAAUCGCUCAAUAGUUAGAGUUUAUGAUUAAUUUAAAUGAACAUGAAACUUAUUGGUUAUUAGGUGAUUUUGGGUACCCCCAAGAACCUUUUUUAAUGACACCAGUAAGAAAUUCCCAGAAAAACAGUGAACAUAAUUAUAACUAUGCUCACAUAAGAGCUAGAAAUUGUGUAGAACGGUGUAUUGGGGUUACCACUUUCGCUCGUUGAAUAUCUACUCAUGCUCAACCCGCUGUAACUGAGUUUGAUCGAAAUUGGUAUCACAAUCAGACUCCAUUAUAGACUGGAGUCGAGAAUUUCGAUUUAUUUCUGAAGAGUCCUAAUAAGGAUGACUUUCUCCUUAGUGGGCAAAAUCAAAGGCAGAGGGUUGAAAAUAUUUUUAGUGUUGAAAAUAUUUUUUCUCUGCUAUUUUCUUUCGACGUUAUUCAAUAAUCAUUGGUUACUUAUGCACCUCUUCUACUAAAAAUACUUAUAAAAUAUUUUGCUGAAUAUCGAAUAUCUUCUAUAUCCUGAGAUAUAGACGGACAUUUGGAUAUCCAUAUUAGAUCCACUGGAUAUAUUGGAUAUCCACAAACUAUAUUCUGUGGAUAUCUCUGGGAUUUCUUGUAGAUAUUUUGCUGGAUAUCCAUAGGAUAUCUUCUAUAUUCUGGAUAUAGACGGAUAUUUGGAUAUCCAUAUAUCCACGAGAUAUUUCAGAUAUCCUGUGGAUAUAUUGGAUAUCGACAAAAGAUAUUAUGUGGAUAUCUCUGGGAUUUGGUGUGUUGUCUGGGUAUGUUCUUAAAUUCCAACUUGAAACAAUGUAAGUCCAUUACAUCCAUUCCUAAUAAAAGCUUUGAUAUCAGCGACAAUAACAGAAUGAGUUAACUUUUCAGUACCAAUGCAUAGUUGAAUCUGGAUUCCACUAUGGAUGUUGGCACUUUCACCUGUGGCAGUCUGAAGUCGCGACCUUGUUGGUAGAAGUCUCUUGCUGUUAUUUAUGGUUGUUGGUCGUAUAAUGGUCCUAGUUGCUCCAGUAUCCACCAACAGUGUAUACUUUCUACCAUUUAUUUCGUCGUCUACGUAUACACUAUCAUUGCGACAUUUCAAAGAGGGUCUUUGGAACGGUUCCUAUUCGAAACUGCGCCCUCUAGGCCUUCCCGCUUUAAUGUUCCUGCUGGGUGUUGUCUUGGCUUUUUAUAACGCUAGGGCGUUUGCACAAGCUGCGUACAUGUCUCAGUUCACUUCAUUUUGAGCACCUGAUGGUCUUCAUCUUCUUGUCAGUAAGUCUCUUCAUCAUGUUAACCAAUUGGUCGAGUUUAUCUUCCACUUUUACAGUCCUCAUUUUAUUGUAUCCACCAGAAGUCUGCGUAGCUGCCUCAUACUCUAGAGCACCAAGCAAGACAUCGACCAAUGUUUUGUGACGGGAUAAGCGGAGGGUUUUCUCCAUCUCAUGGUCACAGGUCAUAUUUUCUGGAGCAUACCAACCUGGCAAUAUCUACUUGGUAUUCUUGAAGAGUCUUGUCACGUUUCUGUUUGCGAUUCUUUAUUUGUGAUUGAAACAAAAACUUCCAAGUGUUUGUGGCGAUAUCGCAUGUUUAGUCUCUUUAAGUUGUUCAUAAACAUUCAACUCUUCCACAGGUAAGUUUUAAAAACAUCUAAAAUAUUCCCUAGAAGAGGAACGAUGGUCCAAUUUACUGCCUUUUCUCUUAACUACAAAAAAAUUUGAAAAAUUAUGAAAAACCACUUAACCGUACUCUAAUAACAAAGCAAUAAUGAUGUUAGUGCAAGGUUGUUGUAGUGUUGUCCUAUAUUUGUACUGCAUUUUUGGUAUAUUGUACUUUCAAUCCCUAAUUUUUAAUUACUAUAGAGGAAAAGUGAUAUUUUAUUCCCUGAAAAUGCAUAAAAUUUAUUUUGUAAAAUCGAAAGUAUUUACACUUUGUGAUGAAAAGAUAAAUAGUGAUAUAUUAUCUGUUAAUUGUACAUUAUUAAAUUAGAUUUCUGAUAAAAAAUUACAAGAAAUAAAUGGAAUGAUAUAUGCCAUAAUUUGUUUCGGUAACAAAAUUUUAAGGAAACCUUUAAAAAACAACAAACCCUUAAAUAAGGACGUAUUUAGGGAAAAUCGCGUAUUCGGCUCGCUAAUUUCAUUUUUAUUUAUUGAUGUAUAACAUUCAGAACAACAUGGCGCUCUGUAAGAAGCUCCCGAGUUCUUUCUGUCGAUAAAAAAAAUAUUGCUUUAGAAAUUAAAGUAAUGCAUGCCUACAGGGCGUUUAGGAAUUAUUAAUCCAGAAAUUUUAGUAAUAUGGUUUGGUCUACGAUUGAACGAUUUGCGUUAUUAUAACAAAAAAUGUCAAUUACUUACAUUUUUUGUGUGUUAUCUGUUUGUUAUAAAGUAAAUUGGUUAUUAUGUAGAAGGCUAGGUAAUAUUUUUCUUCCUCAUUUCAAUAAACAUUUUAGGUAUUCAAAAUGGACAUUUUUUUAUAUCUAAAUGAUACAAUUAGAGAUACAUAUAGAACUUGGCAAAUAGCAGAGCUUUAAAAGAUAUAUUACCAUUAAAACUAUGCAGUCUAAAAAAAUGCGGUUGUGUUAUUCUAGUUAGAGCUCAUAUUUAGCUAAUUUGUUAUAAAUUUCGCGAAACUUAAAACACCAAAAAUCUAUAAAAUAGAUAUAUGAUUGGAUUUUGAUAAACCUAUACUUGGGUUAUAAAUACAAUUUACAUUAUGAGAGAAGUCUAAGUUUAUCAAAAUUUUGCUGAUUUAUCAGACGAAGAAAACAAUGUUUUAAAAAUGUGCUUUAAUUCAAUAUUUGUAUUUAGAUUGUUAAAAUUUUAUUGGAAAUAUUUCGAAAAAUGCCUUUUUAGGGGAUAUCUUGCUAAUUAUUAUUUUUUUAAUUUUUAAUACAUGCUAAUCAACCAAAUUUUCCUUAUUUUAUUAUAGACUACCUAUCCUCUCUAAAGCAUAUUGGAUCGUAGUAAUUCCUAAGCAUCCUGUAAAAAUUAAGAUUUGAUACUUGUGAUGACUUUUUUUAGGCACAAUUUUUACCGCAUUUAAUCAAUCCAAUGUCAGUUAGUAUCGAAUCUCAAGCUUACAUAAUUAGUUGAAUAUUUGUAAAUAAAUGUUUCUACAAUUGUACAUUAGUAAUAAUUCUUUUUUAGAAGUACUGGUGCAUAAUAUGCUCAAUGAAUUUAAUAUAAGGUGUUCUAGA